AGGCGCGGGCGGGCGGGCGGGCGGAGCGGCGGUCCUCCUGGAGGUGCGCGCGGAGCCUGCAGGCGCCACCAGCGACCAGCGUGUCCACAGACUGCGACCUCACCACGAUGGUCCGGCUCCUCUUGAUUUUCUUCCCAGCGAUCUUUUUGGAGAUAUCCGUCCUCCCCAGAAGCUCUGAUAGGAAAUCGUUGCUAGCAGGAGCCUCUUCUCAGCGCUCCGUGGCCAGAAUGGACGGGGAUGUCAUCAUUGGAGCUCUCUUCUCGGUCCAUCACCAGCCUCCAGCCGAGAAGGUGCCCGAAAGGAAAUGUGGGGAGAUCAGGGAGCAGUAUGGCAUCCAGAGGGUGGAGGCCAUGUUCCACACGUUGGAUAAGAUUAACGCGGACCCGGUCCUCCUGCCCAACAUCACCCUGGGCAGUGAGAUCCGGGACUCGUGCUGGCACUCAUCUGUGGCUCUGGAACAGAGCAUCGAGUUCAUCAGGGACUCUCUGAUUUCCAUUCGAGAUGAGAAGGACGGGCUCAAUCGUUGUCUGCCUGACGGUCAGACCCUCCCCCCAGGCAGGACUAAAAAGCCCAUUGCUGGUGUGAUCGGCCCGGGCUCCAGCUCUGUAGCCAUUCAAGUCCAGAACCUGCUCCAGUUGUUCGAUAUCCCUCAGAUCGCCUAUUCUGCCACAAGCAUCGACCUGAGUGACAAAACUUUAUACAAAUACUUUCUGAGGGUCGUCCCCUCUGACACUUUGCAGGCCAGGGCGAUGCUAGACAUAGUCAAGCGUUACAAUUGGACCUAUGUCUCUGCAGUCCACACGGAAGGGAAUUAUGGGGAGAGUGGAAUGGACGCCUUCAAAGAGCUGGCUGCCCAGGAAGGCCUCUGCAUCGCCCACUCGGACAAAAUCUACAGCAAUGCUGGGGAGAAGAGCUUCGACCGCCUCCUGCGCAAGCUCCGGGAGCGGCUUCCCAAGGCCAGGGUGGUGGUGUGCUUCUGCGAGGGCAUGACGGUGCGGGGGCUCCUGAGUGCCAUGCGGCGCCUCGGCGUGGUGGGCGAGUUCUCGCUCAUCGGCAGCGAUGGAUGGGCAGACAGAGAUGAAGUCAUUGAAGGCUAUGAGGUGGAAGCGAACGGGGGAAUCACAAUAAAGCUGCAGUCUCCAGAGGUCAGAUCAUUUGAUGAUUAUUUCCUGAAGCUAAGGCUGGAUACUAACACGAGGAAUCCCUGGUUUCCUGAGUUCUGGCAACACCGCUUCCAGUGCCGCCUACCAGGACACAUUCUGGAAAAUCCCAACUUUAAAAGAAUUUGCACAGGCAAUGAAAGCUUAGAAGAAAACUACGUCCAGGACAGUAAGAUGGGGUUUGUCAUUAAUGCCAUUUAUGCGAUGGCACACGGGCUGCAGAACAUGCACCAUGCCCUCUGCCCUGGCCAUGUGGGCCUCUGUGACGCCAUGAAGCCCAUUGACGGCAGCAAGCUGCUGGACUUCCUUAUCAAGUCCUCCUUCAUCGGUGUGUCUGGAGAGGAAGUGUGGUUUGAUGAGAAAGGAGAUGCUCCUGGAAGGUAUGAUAUCAUGAAUCUGCAGUACACGGAAGCUAAUCGCUACGACUACGUGCACGUGGGGACCUGGCAUGAAGGCGUGCUGAACAUCGACGAUGACAAAAUACAGAUGAACAAGAGCGGAGUAGUGCGGUCCGUGUGCAGCGAGCCGUGCUUGAAAGGGCAGAUUAAGGUCAUUCGCAAAGGAGAGGUGAGCUGCUGCUGGAUCUGCACAGCCUGCAAAGAGAAUGAGUACGUGCAGGACGAGUUCACCUGCAAGGCCUGCGAGCUGGGAUGGUGGCCCAGUGCAGACCUGACAGGCUGUGAACCCAUUCCCGUGCGCUAUCUCGAAUGGAGCAACAUAGAAUCGAUCAUCGCCAUUGUCUUUUCUUGCCUGGGCAUCCUGGUCACCCUGUUUGUCACACUCAUCUUUGUGCUAUACCGGGACACACCCGUGGUGAAGUCCUCCAGUCGAGAACUCUGCUACAUCAUCCUCGCGGGCAUCUUCCUCGGGUACGUGUGCCCUUUCACUCUCAUCGCCAAGCCUACGACCACGUCUUGCUACCUCCAGCGGCUGCUCGUUGGCCUGUCCUCCGCCAUGUGCUACUCGGCGUUGGUGACCAAGACCAAUCGCAUCGCGCGCAUCCUGGCGGGCAGUAAGAAGAAAAUCUGCACCCGGAAACCCCGGUUCAUGAGCGCCUGGGCCCAGGUGAUCAUCGCGUCCAUUCUGAUCAGUGUGCAGCUGACCCUGGUAGUCACCUUGAUCAUCAUGGAGCCCCCCAUGCCCAUUCUGUCCUACCCAAGUAUCAAGGAAGUCUAUCUCAUCUGCAACACCAGCAACUUGGGUGUGGUGGCCCCUCUGGGCUACAAUGGACUCCUCAUUAUGAGCUGUACCUACUAUGCCUUCAAGACCCGCAACGUGCCCGCCAACUUCAACGAGGCCAAAUAUAUUGCCUUCACCAUGUACACCACCUGCAUCAUCUGGCUUGCUUUUGUGCCCAUUUACUUUGGGAGCAACUACAAGAUCAUCACUACUUGCUUCGCAGUGAGCCUGAGUGUAACAGUGGCCCUGGGGUGCAUGUUCACCCCCAAGAUGUACAUCAUCAUUGCCAAGCCCGAGCGGAACGUGCGCAGUGCCUUCACCACCUCCGACGUCGUCCGCAUGCACGUGGGCGACGGCAAGCUGCCCUGCCGCUCCAACACGUUCCUCAACAUCUUCCGGAGGAAGAAGCCGGGCGCGGGCAGUGCCAAUUCUAAUGGCAAGUCUGUGUCAUGGUCUGAACCAGGUGGAAGACAGGUACCCAAGGGACAGCACAUGUGGCACCGCCUCUCUGUGCACGUGAAGACCAAUGAGACGGCCUGCAACCAAACGGCCGUCAUCAAGCCCCUCACUAAAAGUUACCAGGGCUCCGGCAAGAGCCUGACCUUUUCCGAUACCAGCACCAAGACCCUGUACAACGUGGAGGAGGAGGAGGACGCCCAGCCGGUCCGCUUCAGCCCUCCCCGCAGCCCUUCCCUGGCCGUGCACCGCCGCGCGCCCUCCGCCACCACGCCGCCCCUGGCGCCCCGCCUGACCACAGAGGAGACGCCCCUCUUUCUGGCCGAGCCGGUGGUCCCCAAGGCCUUACCCCCUCCCCUGCAGCAGUCUCCCCAACAGCCCCCGCCCCAGCAGCAAUGCCUGAUGGACCAGCUUCAGGGAGUGGUGGGCACCUUCGGCGUGGGGAUCCCAGACUUGCACGCGGUGCUGGGGGGGCCCGGGGCGCAGGAGAACGGGCUGCGCCCCCUGUUCCCGCCCCCGCCUGCGCCGCAGCACCUGCAGAUGCUGCCGCUGCAGCUGAGCACCUUCGGGGAGGACCCUGGCUCCCCGCCCGCGGAGGAGGACGACGACGACAGCGACAAGUUCAGACUCCUGCAGGAGUACGUGUACGAGCACGAGCGCGAAGCCAACACGGAGGAGGACGAGCUGGAGGAGGAGGAGGAGGACCCGCAGGCGGCCAGCAAGCUGACCCCGGAGGACUCGCCGGCCCUCACGCCUCCGUCGCCUUUCCGAGACUCGGUGGCCUCGGGCAGCUCGGUGCCCAGCUCGCCGGUGUCAGAGUCGGUGCUCUGCACCCCUCCCAGCGUCACCUACGCCUCUGUCAUCCUGAGGGACUACAAGCAGAGCUCGUCCACCCUGUAGGGAGGAGGUGUCCUGGCGGAGAAGCAAGGUGAGCCUGAGAGCUUCCCCCUCCAGAGACGUGCAGAAACCCGGAGGAGCCUGGAGCGGAGGGGCGAGGCGGAGAGAGGGAGCGAGCUGCUGCAGCCUUUGGGAAGGAGAGGGAGAGAGGCCUCCAGCAGAGACCCAGACCAGGAUGCUGAUGCUUAGCUUACUCACAAGCCCUCUCUAGGAGGAAAAGGAAUUCAGACAAAGCACAAUUCUGUAUGGUAUGUAACUUUUAGCGCAGACAAAAAUAAAAUAAAAUAAAGAAAAUCAACAAAAAAUAAUCUCUUGUGCACAACGGAGCAUCCAUACACACGCCUGCACAUACUCGGCCAUGCUUGGGAAGGGACAGCGCCUGUGGACUUGCCUCUUGACUGGCCAGUUUAGGUCAUGGCCUUCCUCGGAAGUAGGUGGAACCAGGCAGAGAAGGUGGGGAAAGGAGGGGACCCCAGGGGCCAGGAGAGCUCCUGCUGAGAAGCUCUUCUUCCCAUUGGCCCACAAAGGCCUGGUGUUCAGGAGACCCAGAGUCUGACCUGAGGGCCAUUCACUGCUGUCCUGCGGUGCCAGCUCAGCCAGUGCACUUGGAGAGAGGGGCCCAACCUCCCACGCUCUUCAGCUGCCCUCUUUAGAAGAAUAAAAGCAAAAUCGCACCAAGUGCUUCCCUGGGGAUGCUAUGGGAGGAAAGAGGAACGGUGACACCCAAGCGUGGGUUUUCUCAAAAAUCUGAUCUGCACUACCGCCUUCGCUGAUUGGUGAUGUUGGAGAAAGACAAGGACAGCAGAUUGUUCUGAAAGUGGCAGAGACAUUUUGUGGAUUCAUUCGUGCUUAGGCCAACGCCAUUGCCCUUCAGUUAAGCAGAACAAACCACGUGGUGACAGAAGUGUUACCUUCCCUUUACUGUAGCAAAUGAAAGAAACCCUUGGGCUUCUAAGAUUCAGUAUACAUACGUACAAUGUGGUGCCAUUGUUUCUCAUACGUACUACAGAAACAAAUCCAUCUUUAAACCUGAGGGUGUACUCAUAGCAACUAUUAUCGGUUUAAAUGACAAGUAACGCUUUCUUAUUGUCACGGGAGUCCUUGUAACUAGCAAGUGAAUGUGUUCCUGUGUCCUUGUAUUCAUGUGACUAUAAAACUUAUGCAAUGUAAUGUCAACCUACUGCGACUAGAAGAUUGUCUUUGGGAUAUAGCAUAGAUAUUUUCAUGUUCCAAUAAUGUUUUAUAUAUCGCUGCUACCCAUACCUGCAGCAGUUCUUUGAAGGCUUGAGUACUACGAUCCAGUGUUUUUCAUAUGAAGUUCAGAUGAUAAUUCUUCUUCGAAGAGAAAAUUAUUUUUCAGGUAUUUUAUGAAAGAAUGUUAUUAAUGAAGAGGUCUGAAAAUUUACUAUAUAAAAGGUCACAAGAACUGUGGGUGACAAUACAAGGUACAUUUUAUAAACUUGCACAUGUCAUUAUCAAAACAAGACUGAAAAGACAGUGUUUAGGUUAUUUCAGGAUAUUUUAAUUUUUUAAAAAAGAUUUCCCAUAGCUAACAGAACUUCAUCUUUCUCUAGUAUACAACAUCUGAUUCUAGUCAUGAUUUCUCAAGUAUUACUCAUUAAUCACACUUCUUUUAAUUUUAUUUUCAUACCCUGUACUCUCAUAUUUUUUGCUAUCAUAAUUUUCUUUAUGACUCUCACUUGCUGCUGUGUAAUAUCCAUGUUCAUGUAAUACAAUUAUUCUAUAUUUUUGCUCCUUUGUUAUCCUCAAUAAAAUAAUUUUUCCUGGUGUUUCUUUCUUCUAUUAUUUGCAGAAUGAAUCUUAUCCCUUUUAAUGUCUUUGUUUAUGCCUUCUAUUUAGUUAUAUUUUUAAACACUUUCUUCAUAUUGAUGCUGUCAAUGAUGCCAUUGAUUUCUCAGCCAAAAGUCAUCUUAGAAUCUUUAAAUAUUGUCUGCAUGAUUAAUUCAGAAUUUAACAUUCACUCCAACUUUGGAGCCUUGUUUCUUAUGUUUUACCAUAUUCUAUCAAAUUUUAGUGAGUUCUGUCAAAAAUAAACUACCUUUGCUUUACAAAAUUGUUUUUAAAACACCUUUACUGAAAAGACCUCAUGAUUAAAUGUGAAUUUCAAUUCUGUGUUUUCCUUGUAGUGAAGCAGAAUGGGGAAAAUGAAUGGUUCCAGUCCUUAAUAAAUGGAUUUCUACUUAUUGCAUUCCUAUAAGAGCACACAUAUUUUACUUUAUUAGCAAAACAUGGUCUUUUAAUUUUAAAGCCAUUAAUAUAUCCUUAAUAUUUGAGUACUUGUGCAUUCAGAUUUUUUAAAAGUCACAUUAGAUAAGAAAAGUGAUUUUUAUUGAACUAAUGGAAGGUAUUAGUUUGUUCUGAGGUUUUGGUCUGAGACUUUGGUGAACACAUUCAAUACUGAUUACCUUACUCUGAAUGCCUACUAAUACCGUAAUUAAGGUUUCCUAAAUAAUUUAGAGUUUUAGUCCUUCUGUCAUACUUAAUUAAAAACUGGAGAUGUACACAUAUGUACUCUGUACCAAAAUGGCAGAAACUCUUCACCGUAAUAUAUGUGAUUAUACAAAUUGUUCUGCUUCUUGUCAAGUGUUUUUCUUUGGCUUGUUAUUGCUCUUUGUCAAAUAAUCUUGAUAAUGCUGUAUAAUAAAUAUUUUCUACUUAUUAAA